AUGCCUGUGAUGAAAGGAUUACUUGCGCCGCAGAACACGUUUCUGGACACCAUAGCCACACGGUUUGACGGCACACACAGCAACUUCAUCCUGGCUAAUGCCCAGGUGUCCAAGGCCCAAGGCUUCCCUAUUGUCUACUGUUCAGAUGGCUUCUGUGAGCUCACAGGCUUCUCCCGCACUGAAGUCAUGCAGAAGAGCUGUGCCUGUAAGUUCCUUUACGGCCCAGAGAGCAGCGAGACUAUCAUCCUCAGCAUCGACGAAGCCCUGGACGAACGCAAGGAGUUCAAGGAAGAGAUCAUGUUCUACAAGAAGACAGCAUCGUUGUUCUGGUGCCUGCUGGAAAUUGUCCCCAUUAAGAAUGAGAAGGGAGACGUGGUGCUCUUCCUGGCUUCAUAUAAAGACAUCAGUGACACCAAGGCCAAGGCCAUGCCAGAGGACAGGCGAGAAGAGUGCCGACGAGGACGGGUGAAGACUGGUUCUUCAUUCAGCUCUACUCGUCUGCGGAGCAGUACUGUACUCUACCACAUCUCUGGUCACCUCCACAGCAAAGUCAACAAGAAGAAGAAGAGCAAGAUCAAACUCAACAAGAAUGUGUUCGGGGACCCCCCUGCUCUGCCGGAGUACAAGGUGGCGGACGCCAAGAAGUCCAAGUUCAUCCUGCUUCACUUCAGCACCUUCAAGGCAGGCUGGGAUUGGCUGAUCCUGCUGGCCACCUUCUACGUUGCCGUGACAGUGCCCUACAACGUCUGCUUCAUCGGUGACGAUGACCUCACCAGGAGCACUUCAGUCAGCGACGUUGCCGUGGAGAUACUCUUUAUUAUAGACAUUGUGUUCAGUUUCCGUACCACGUACGUGAGUAAGUCUGGUCAGGUGAUCUUCAACGCACGGUUGAUCUGCAUCCACUACAUGACCACGUGGUUCAUCAUCGACCUGGUCGCCGCGCUGCCCUUUGACCUCCUCUACGCCUUUAAAGUCAGCGUGGUAUCAGUAGUCCACCUGUUGAAGACAGUGCGUCUGCUCCGGCUGCUGCGUCUGCUCCAGAAGAUGGACCGGUACUCCCAGCACAGCACUGUGGUUCUCACCCUGCUCAUGUCCAUGUUCGCCCUGCUGGCCCACUGGAUGGCCUGCAUCUGGUACGUCAUCGGCAAGAAGGAGAUGGAGGCAAACGCCUACUCCUGGGACAUCGGCUGGCUUCAUGAGUUGGGGAAGCGUCUGGAGUCUCCCUAUGACCCCCUUGGGGAGGUGAACGGGACGGGGCUGAGCGGUCCCUCUCUGAGGAGUGUCUACAUCGCUUCUCUCUACUUCACCCUGUCCAGUCUGACCAGCGUCGGCUUCGGCAACGUGUCGGCCAACACCGACGCUGAGAAGAUCUUCUCUAUCUGCACAAUGCUCAUCGGAGCGUUGAUGCACGCCCUGGUGUUUGGUAAUGUGACAGCCAUUAUUCAGAGGAUGUACUCUCGCUGGUCCCAGUACCACACCCGCACCAAGGACCUGAAGGACUUCAUCCGGGUCCACCACCUGCCCCAGGAUCUCAAACAGCGCAUGCUGGAGUACUUCCAGACCACAUGGUCUGUUAACAACGGCAUUGACUCCAACGAGCUGCUGAAGGACUUCCCAGACGAGCUGCGCUCCGACAUCACCAUGCACUUGAACAAGGAGAUCCUGGAGCUGUCACUGUUUGCCUCGGCCAGCAGAGGGUGCCUGCGCUCCCUGUCCCUGCACAUCAAGACCACAUUCUGCGCCCCCGGGGAGUACCUGCUGCGCCAGGGGGAUGCCCUGCAGGCCAUCUUCUUCGUCUGCUCUGGGUCCAUGGAGGUGCUGAAGGACGGCAUGGUGCUGGCUAUACUGGGUAAGGGUGACCUGAUCGGGGCCAACAUGUCUAUAGAUGACCGGGUGAUAAAGACCAACGCAGAUGUGAAGGCCCUAACCUAUUGUGACCUGCAGUGUAUCAACCUGAGUGGUCUGUAUGAGGUACUGGACCUCUACCCAGAGUACACCAGCCGCUUUGUCCAGGACAUCCAGCUGGAUCUCACAUACAACCUGAGGGAGGGACACGAGUGCCAUGUUAUGUCCAGAUUGUCCACCAAACCUUUGGACACACAGUCAGAGGGGAGAGGCAACGGACGAGUGAUCCAGUACUAUCCAUCCAUCAUCGAGAACCAGGUGCAGGAGGAAGAGGAUGAGGAAGAUGAGCUGGUGUCUGUGUCUCCAGAAUCGGAGCGGAACAUCGUUCUGUACCCCAGAGUGGUGUCAUCUGGGAAGUCUCCACUAGGUAGAGCUGAGAUGGAGAGAGAGUUGCACAGUGGCAGAGAAGUAACACAUCAGAACACUAGGAAACUGAGGAAGAAGAUCAAGAUCCACCAGACAGCUCUCACCACGCUAGACCGCUCCAACCUCAGCCCUAGGGUUGUGGACGGUACAGAAGACAAUGAAGAUAUUCUCCAGAUCAGCACGGCAGAGUCAGCAGCUAAAGCUGAGGAGACCUGGGGACAACUACGACACCUAGACCAGGAGGUGAGUUCUCUGGGGAAGGAGGUGACAGAGCUGGGCCGAGUAAUGAGGAGUAUGGCUCAACUGAUGGAGUCCUUCUUCUCCCUACCCCAACCCCUCUAUCCUGCACACUGCGUACCUGGACACCAUGCGUACCUGUCCCCCCCUUCGCCCCCACCCCACACCACCCCCCCACAGUCCUACCCCUCUCAGACUGAACCUCUCUGGGCAGACACCCCCCUCACGACCCUCUCUUCCUGCAUCUCUCCACCCUUUGGCCUGGCCCAGCGGCAUCCUGGGAUGUUCCAUGUGGAUCCCGCCCUCACCGCCAUUCCACACAGUCCCCAAGAUCUCCACCCGGCCCCCUCCCGCCUCUCGCCUCCCUACCCCUCCUCCUUCUCCCUCACGGACACCUCCACAGAGCCCCUGUUGCCCUCUUCUCCUGGGACACCCCACUGUGAACGGGGAGGGGGCGCUGGGUCCUCCAGGUCGCGGGCACACAGUUUGGAGACCCCACAGCCACCUUGUGACAGGAGAGGAGGAGGAGGGGUCGUUGCGGUCACCCCUCAGAGCUCCAGAAGCCUGCCCCGCCCUGGAGGGAGCUACCAGCACAUGGAUUUAUAG